AAGCGGCAGAGGCAGCAGCUCCUUUGAUAAGCAGCUUCCUGAACACUUUCAAACCGUAGUGUUACACCGACAGGCGUGGUGCCUGCGGGCCUGUGCCGGGAACCAACGGAGCCCAUGCCGCGGGGCAGCAGCUGCUUCUCCUCCAAUGGCUCCUUGAUUCCCCAGGAGCUGAGGACACCCCGUGUCCACUCCCCGUGCUUCAGGACGAGGGCUCCGUGGCUGCCGCAGCAUGGUACAAGCCUGCUUGGUGUGCUCCAGAGUUCAUAACGGCAGCCUGACAGCCCAGGCAGCCAGGGCAGACAUGGACAAGACGGACAAGCCCAGUCCCUCUGCCAAGAAGCACGUGCGUCUUCAGGAGAGGAGGGGUUCCAACGUGUCGUUGAUGCUGGACAUGAGCUCGCUGGGGAGCGUGGAGCCCAUCCAGCCCGUCUGUACGCCUCGUGACAUCACGCUGAAGUUCCUGAGGACGUCCAGCCACGUGCUGAGGAGAGAGGAGCUCCAGCAAUGCGCCCAGAGCCUGACACAGCUCCAGGAGGAGUUUUCGAAAAUCCCACCCAACUUCGUCAGUCCGGAGGAGCUGGAGAUCCCUGGACAUGCCUCCAAGGACAGAUACAAAACCAUCCUCCCCAAUCCUGAGAGCCGGGUCUGUCUCAGGAGGGCAGGGAACCAGGAGGAAGACAGCUACAUAAAUGCCAACUACAUCACGGGCUACGCGGGGCGGCCCCGGGAGUACAUUGCCACCCAGGGACCCAUGCUGAACACCGUGACCGACUUCUGGGAGAUGGUGUGGCAGGAGGAGGCGCCCCUCAUCGUCAUGAUAACCAAGCUCCAGGAGCGCAAAGAGAAAUGUGUCCACUACUGGCCCGAGAAGGAGGGCACCUACGGUCCCUUCACCAUCCGGGUGCAGGGCACGAGCGAGUGUGUGGAGUACGUCGUCCGGGAUCUCUCCAUCCAGCUUGAAGGUGAAUGCCGCCAGGUCAAACACAUCCUCUUCCCUUCCUGGCCGGACCAGCAGACGCCCGAGUCAGCCAAACCCCUGCUGCACUUGGUCUCCAAGGUGGAAGAAACUCUGCAGGCUGCAGCCAGCCCAGGGCCCAUCGUUGUACACUGCAGCGCAGGCAUUGGCCGGACAGGCUGCUUUAUUGCUACCAGGAUGGGGUGCCAGCAGCUGAAGGACAAGGGGGAGGUGGAUAUCCUGGGAAUCGUGUGCCGUCUCCGCAUAGACAGAGGCGGCAUGAUCCAGACGAGUGAGCAGUACCAGUUCCUCCAUCACACACUAGCUCUCUAUGCUUCGCAGUUGCCGGAGGUGGGCGGCCAGUAGCGCAGGGCUCCCACCGGGCUGCCGGCUCCCCGCUCCGACCUCUCUUGCGCCAGCCGUGGGAACAUCUCCACCAAAACCCCUGCUGCUGCCAUCGGGCCACAGAGCAGCAGCACAAGCAUCCCUGGAUGAGUACAGCCAAGCUAAUCCAUGGGGAUUGUGGCCUUGUUGACCCUGGGGAGGAGCAGGGUUUGGUGGGUUCGCAGAAGGGAUGCAGUGGGUGCUCAAGGUGGCCGUUGCUGAUGGCUUGAGGCAGGUUUCACCCCUGGAAAGAAGCUUUGGCUUUCGAAACAUGCAACAUUUUAUCCUCAACCAGAAGAGCAAGCUGUACGGAGGAACUGAAGCUGGGUGAGCCCUGGGAGCACGGUUUGCCUUAUAGCUGUGCAGAAAUGUUUACCCCAUUAGAUGUGGAGCUGGUACAAUUACCCUGCAAAUAAACCGAGCCCCUCUCCUGAUUUUGUAUCAUCUGUGGGCAGAGGUUGCGCUGCGUGCAGGGCUGGGCUUGCUCCCAACACGCGCUGCAAUGCUCUUCUUGCUAAAGAUACACCUUGAUGAUUUAGUAGAAUAGGUGUGGAGUUGAUUGCCUUCGUUAGGUGGCUUGCUUUCCUCUCCACCUUUGGCUGACACCUUCUCAACAGUCCUAAAGUAGGGGAGAUUCCUAAGUGUGGCUGCAGUUUUGCAAGCAAUGUGGUCCCUUUUGUUACAGGAGGGUGGGGGUUUUUCAUUCUUGGAUUUUUGCUGAAAUCAGAACUAGAUAAUAUUUGGGUUUUGUUUUUUUUCAAUGAUAAAUUUGCGGGGAAAUAAGGAAGAGGGAGAAACAUUUUGGCACAAACCAUGGAGAUGGAAAUAUUCUGUAAAAUAUUUUAAGGCCAUUCAAAGCUGGCCUUCCGUUGAUGAGAGUUGCACAGGCUGUUGGGCAGUGAGGACUGAUAAGAGGCCGGGGGCUGCCUAGCCUGCGCCUGCCUGUGCCCACGAGCCUUGAGGUGGCCCACUUGGUGGGUGAGAUUGAGGGAAAAAAGGGUCAAUCCUCUUGUCAAGAGUGUCUGAGCUUGCCUCGGCUCCUGAAGCAUCCCCAGAUCAGGGCUGUGUGCGUGGACCUCCCUCCACUGCUCUGAAGUUCCCCAAAAUGCACUUGAAUGGCUGCCAAUGGUUUUGCCCUAGUGCCUGUUCU